AAAUCUACUCAAUCGAAGAAUAAACAUUGUUAAUAGCAGCGAAGCGCCAUUUCACUCCACAAUUUCUGUAAUGUUCGCAAUUGUAAAGUGUAUCACAUGGAAAUUGCUCAAUUAUUGAUGUCGCACCUGGAAAAAUAGUGCGAGGUUCACGUUCAACUCAUGUUCUCAUUAAUUGAUAAAGUAUAAAAGGAGCCAUCAAUUGGGAAGAAAUCACUUGAGACUGAGAAUUGAGCCGACCCUCAAGAUGUGCGGCAAAGUGUUUAUUGCUUUAAUGAUCAUUGCAAUCUCAUGUGAUUCAUCACUGGGAUCUUCUGUGGACUGCGCCAAUCCCGCGAUUUGGUGUCAAACAGAAGUUACAGCGAAGACGUGCGAGAAGGAAGAAUUUUGUCUCAUCAUGCGAGAUCAAUUCUAUGGAAAAUCGCAAAAAGUUGAUACGACCACAACUCCAGCACCAACAACAACUUCAGCUUCUGUGCCACUAGUUGCUCUACCUCCAUCAAGUUCUACGUGGUUUUAUGUUACCCCUGCACCUGGUCGUUACACUGGCUUGUAUCCAGGUGGUAUUUUUGGAAAGUAAAUGUCACUGAGGUUUCUCAAAAUCAAUUUAUAGCAAUCACCCAAAUUGUACAUCUGAACAAAAGAAAUUUAUCAUUUUAUAGCAAUUUGAUAAAUUAAAUAGUGAAAUAAAGUCUGAUUGUACGUUCA